AAAUGCUGUACAAAUACACUCCACAAAGAUAAUUUUGCGCACCCAAGAAACAAAGACAAGUUACAGAGCAACGCAACAACCUAGCCAGAUUGCCAAUAAUCUUAAUUCAUCAUCGCCUUCAUUUCGUCAAAGGCUCUCAGCGUAAUGGGUUGAGAUUAUUCUGGGUUUUUUCAAUUGAAAACGUGAACGGCUUCAAUUUUCACCCAGUUAUUCUGGAUAAGUAUUAGCACUUAAGAAGUUCUGUAGUGCUUACCGGAGUCAUGUCAUCAUUGAUUAGAACUCCAGUACCCAAUGUUACUGUUGCUGGAUUCCGUUAUCAGAGCCAGAAACAUAGGAGGUUGACCAAUAAUCAUGUUGGAUUUUCUCUUCCAAAGCUCCAUUUAAAUCGCCUUUCAGUUUGCUGCUCAAAGUUGACACCGUGGGAACCCACUCCACUUACGUAUGCACCCACUGAUGAAGCUGAACCCGAGAUUUUAGAAGAAACUCCCAACUUAUUUGACACCCUAAAGUUCGAGGGCACUGCAGCUACACCAGCUGCUGAAUCUGAAAAAUUAGCUCAAAAAACCAGCAACAAAUCACAGGGGGCAGGCUUUCUGAAAUGGCCAUUAUGGAUUCUGGGUCCGGGAUUCCUUCUCGUAACUGGCAUGGUACCGACUUUGUGGCUACCAAUAUCGUCCAUAUUCCUCGGGCCAAACAUUGCUAGCUUACUUUCCCUUGUUGGGCUAGAUUGCAUCUUCAAUAUCGGUGCAAUGCUGUUCCUCCUGAUGGCCCAUUCUACAACUCAACCAAAAGAUCCAAUGGAAGCACCCCAAAGCAAGGCUCCUCUCAGUUACCGGUUCUGGAACAUGUUUGCUUCAAUAAUAGGCUACGCUAUCCCGUUGGCAUUGCUGUAUGGCUCACAUAAGGGCCUCCUCCAACCACAGCUUGCACCCAUCUCAUACAUGGUACUUUUAGGCCCUUACCUUCUUCUUCUGUCAGUGCAGAUGUUGACAGAAUUGCUGACUUGGCAUUGGCAAUCACCCGUAUGGCUCGUAACUCCUGUUGUAUAUGAGGCAUAUCGAGUGCUGCAGCUCAUGAGGGGUUUGAAGCUUAGCGCAGAGAUAAGUGCACCUGCAUGGAUGAUGCAUACUAUAAGGGGGUUGGUGUGUUGGUGGGUGCUCAUUCUUGGUUUGCAGCUCAUGAGGGUUGCUUGGUAUGCUGGCUUCUCUGCUAAAACGCGUAAAGAGCAGAGAUCAUAUCCGUGAAAACUGAAAACCACUAACACUUGCGUCCUGCUACGACAGAAAUCGAGAUAUUCAUGGUUAGUAUGAUGAUUUUGGUAAUGUAGCUAAAAUCCUGCCCGGUUGUUUUGGUGCAUACGAAGUACUUCGUAUUAUGUAUGGAAUGUUGCUCCUAAUAAUAAUGCUAGUAAAGUAGUAUUGUGUUGGUCAGUUGUAAACUUGUAAUGCAUUUCCUAGUGCAAGUGAACAACUUAAGAUGAGCGACUUACAUUAAAAUCUUUUGAUGAAAAUACCAGUGGCUUAUCUCCCAAA